AUGGAAAAGAAUUUGUCUGCUGUUCUUUACGGAAUAAAUGAUUUACGCAUCGAAAAUCAGCCUAUUCCAGAGCCUGGUCCUGGGGAAGUUCAACUGGCAAUGCAGGAUGUUGGCAUCUGUGGUUCUGAUGUCCAUUAUUGGACACAUGGAAGAAUUGGUGAUUUUAUAUUGACGUCACCAAUGCUUUUGGGUCAUGAAGCUAGUGGAGUGGUCAGCAAACUUGGUUCAGGGGUCACAAACCUUGCAAUUGGUGAUCGCGUGGCUGUUGAACCUGGUGUGCCUUGUCGGAUGUGUAAAUUUUGUAAGAAUGGACGCUAUAAUCUUUGUUCCGACAUCCGUUUCUGUGCUACUCCUCCAAUCCAUGGAAACCUGGCAAGGUAUUAUUGCCAUGCUGCUGAUUUCUGUUACAAGCUGCCUGACAAUGUAAGUACAGAAGAGGGAGCUUUGUUGGAGCCGCUUUCAGUUGGGGUUCAUGCCUGCCAACGUGCUGGUGUAACCAUCGGGUCCACAGUGCUUAUUUCAGGGGCUGGACCAAUUGGAUUGUGUUGUUAUUUGACAGCAAAAGCCAUGGGAGCAAAGCAUGUAUGCAUUACAGAUGUUGAUGACAGUCGGCUGCAAUUUGCCAAGACAGUUGGAGUAGACCAUGUAUUGUCUGUAAGGGCUGGGACUUCGAAAGAAUUGGCUUCCCAAAUUGAAAUGACUUUGGGUCAAAAACCAGAAAUUUCUAUUGAAUGCAGUGGCAAUCCAGCCGGUCUGAAGACUUCAAUAUUGGCGACGGCAAAUGGAGGGUGUGUUCUGAUGGUCGGUAUGCAGCCUGAUGAAGUCACUGUGCCUUUGUUAAAUGCAGCUGUCAGGGAAGUGGACAUCAAAGGGACAUUCAGAUAUGCCAACUGUUACCCAACUGCUUUGUCAAUGAUCGCCACAGGCCAAGUAAAUGCGAAACCAUUGAUAACUCAUCGAUAUAACCUUGAGGACAGUCUGAAAGCAUUUGAACAUGCCCGGACCAUGCGAGACGGUGCUGUGAAGAUUAUGAUUCAUUGUGCCCAAGAAUAA